CUAGCGGAGAGCACUUUGCCUCCGGGAAGUGGUUGUAGAGACUGUGUGUGUGAAUGUGAGCGGUGUCCUCCUGCCCGAGGGAUGGUAAGCAGGGAGCGGCGCUUGUACACACCCCGGGCUCCCCGUGUAUCUCCGGACAUGUCACGGGCUUUGUCUCGUCUCUAAUAAAAACACAUAAAAAAAAAAAAAAAAGUGAAAAAUAAGAACAAAAAAAUCGUAACAUAAGAAACCGGAGAGCAGCCGGAUACCGCCGGUGGGAGCCGCCCGCCUGAGCCCGCAGCCUCCAUGCAUACCCACUACAACCGCGCCAGCAUGAAGCCAGAGAUCAUCGCAGCCGUGGGCUUUCUCUUAAAGUUCCUGCGGACCAAGGGCCUGAUGAAUGACCGGGAGCUGCAGACGUUCAACCAGUCAUUGCAGGAGCUGCUGGCAGAACAUUACAGACAUCAUUGGUUUCCAGAAAAGCCUACCAAAGGUUCUGCCUAUCGGUGUAUUAGGAUUAACCACAAAAUGGAUCCCUUGGUUGGGCAAGCCGCUGACCGUAUUGGCUUAAGCGGCCAAGAAAUGUUCAAACUUCUGCCAAGCGAACUCACCUUGUGGAUUGAUCCCUAUGAAGUGUCUUAUCGCAUUGGGGAGGAUGGCUCUAUAUGUGUGCUGUAUGAGUCUGUACCAUUAAGUGUCUGUAACCAAAAUAGCAGCACUCUUGUUGAGAGCAGAAUCAGCUGCAAAGAUGAACUACUCAUCGGUCGAACAAGCCCCUCCAAAAACUACAACAUGAUGACUGUAUCUGGCUAAGAUAUGGUCAAUGGCUGGAUCAUCUUGUAACAGAUGGAAUAAUAUUGUCUUUAAUUUGGGAGGGCUCCUAUGGGGAAGGAUUGUGAGGUUUAAAAUGUCACAGCAGUGAAGAUGGGGCACAAAAUAGAAGUAGACCUUACUGAAGUGAAAGUGCCAUGGUUUGGACAGUACCUUUUUAGUAAUUUAAUAGCCUGUAACUAAAGGGCAAUAAUAGAUUUUAGGGACUGAAUUAGUCUCUGUGUAUUUCUCACUAGUCCUUUGGUCAGUGGUUAACUUGUAUUAGGGCAGGCAUGUCCAAACUGCGGGCCUCCAUCUGUUGUGAAACUACAUAUCCCAGCAUGCCCUGACACAGUUUUGCUGUCAGAGAAUGCUGAAUCUGUCAGGGCAUGCUGGGAUGUGUAGUUUUUCAACAGCUGGAGGGCCACAGUUUGGACAUGCCUGUAUUAGGGUGAAUGUGCAUACUUCAUGUUUAUCUUCCCCCAGCAUUUGGCUGUCUUCAUCAGUUAGCACCUAUAUUGUCAGUGUGUGCUGACAGUGUGUUUACUAUAGAGCUCAAUGACCCCUAUGAUUAGAUCAGGUCAAGCUAUGUUCCCUUUGCAGCAAGCCAAACCUGACAGAACUGGAUGACACACCUGUUCUAAGACCUUGUACUCACUGGUGUUAAUUUCACACAUUUUCAUCACUAAUAGUAUACAGUAAACUGCUGUCAACACAACCAAUUAUUGUGUAAUAGCACCAUACCCAAUGUACAGUAGGUCUCUCUAGUAUGCAGUUUGCGUUGCUUUUCCAGCAACAGCAUAUUCCUCGAUUCUUGUGUUCAACAUUAGGACAGCCACUGCCCUUAUUAUUAGUAAGAUAUGCAAGUCAUGUGUUUCUCAUUUUUACUAGUGUUAAAUUGAUACCAGUGCGUACUUGGCCUUCAUCUGUGAACCCAAAGCUCUUGUGUUUGUAGGACUAUUUUCCUCUCUGCAGUACCGCAGAGUACAACUUGCACUAAUGUUUUCAUUGUUACUAUUUCUGGCAGCUCAGUAGCAGGGUGAGGAGUUUGGAAUAUGACACUUACUGGAAUUGUAUAUGGCAGACAUAACUUGCACUGAAAAUAGAUAUAGUUGUAUAUAGUAUCUGGAGAAUAUUCCAAGUCUGCCAAAAUAUACUUGAGAAUCCUUCAUAUUGUGACAUAAACUUGAAAGUAAAUACAUUCUUCUGCUUUGGCAGCAGGCUUUGAAAAUACACAAUAAAGACACUGUCUGAACUAUGGCGUUCUCACCAGCCAGCUUAUCUGUACAUUUCCUAGCUUGUAGUUUUCUAAUACGGAGUAAACUUCUUAUUUUUAGAAAGUGGAGUUCUGCUUUGUAAUUUCUUGUACUUAAUUGGGUAAAAGUCUUUUCCACAAACCACCAUCUAUUUUGUGAACUUUGUUAGUCUUUUAUUUGAUAAAUUAUGAACUGCUGUAAAUGUGUACAGUUCAUGUAUAUUGAUUGUGACAAAGAUGUACAGAUUUCUAUUUUAAAUGAGAGAUUUUUCUUCUCUAUAAUAAAUUGUUUCUUAUCUUGGCAUUUUAAA